UAACAGAGACACCCAGUCCUAGAUACAUAGCUUGAAAAUGACCUCAGGGUUUCUAAGUAGAUCUUUUUGACUUCCAUUUGUGUUUACCUUUACCAGUUGCCCUGGACCUCCUGAGGAAGACUCAGGGCCGGCGCAAGGUCACCAGAAAAAGGAGGCGCGCGGCGGCCAGGUCCAGCAGGAAGCUCAAGCAGCGUCUCAGCGUCGCGAUGAGGACUGCACGCAGGGCAAGCAACGUGGAGGUGCCCUCCUUCCUCCGGCAGCUGGUCAAAGAAACAGAGAAGAUGGUGACUUUCUUUUUCAAAGGAGGAUCAAGAGAAAAGGGAACAGAGGAGCAGGACAACUGUUAUGAUGAUGAUGACGACAUGCCUAGCCCGUACCUGGAGAGGCCCAUUUUGGAGAAACACGUAGCCGAGGGAGAGUCUCAGUCGGGGGUUACCUAUGCAGUGGCGAGCAUGCAGGGCUGGAGGGCUCAGAUGGAGGAUGCCCACACGUGCAUGCCUCAUAUGAGAGGAGAGCUGAGCGAAUGGGCCUACUUUGCCGUGUUUGAUGGACAUGCAGGGAGCACCGUGGCCCAGUACUGCUCUAGGAACUUACUGGACCACAUGCUUGCCACAGGAGGGGUAAAAGCAAGCGCAGACCCAGAGCAGGUGAAGGAGGGCAUCCGCGAGGGAUUCCUCGAAAUUGACCGUCACAUGCACAAACUGGCCCGCGAGGACAGCUGGGACCGCAGCGGCAGCACGGCAGCGGCCGUCAUGAUCUCCCCGCAACACAUCUAUUUUAUAAACUGUGGGGAUUCGCGCACUCUGCUCUGCCAUGACGGCCAGCUGGUUUUCUACACGGAAGAUCACAAGCCCUUCAAUCCUAGAGAGAAAGAGCGUAUUCAGAACGCCGGCGGCUCGGUCACGCUGCAACGCAUCAAUGGCUCGCUCGCCGUGUCCAGAGCACUUGGCGACUUCGACUUCAAGGAGGUGGACUGGAGGCCACAGACAGAGCAACUGGUGUCGCCAGAGCCCGAAGUGUACGAGGUUGAGCGGGCUGCCAGGGACGAGUUCAUUGUACUGGCGUGUGAUGGCGUUUGGGACGCCAUCGGCAACGAGGAACUCUGCGCGUUUGUGCGCAGCCGCCUGCAGGUGUGCAAUGACUUGCGAGAGAUUUGCGCACAAGUCAUCGACCUCUGUCUCUACAAGGGCAGCUUGGACAACAUCAGCAUCAUCAUUGUGUGCCUCCCUGGCGCCCCCCAGGUGUCACAAGAGGCUCUGCAGCAGGAGGAAGCACUGGACCGACAUAUUGACAUGAAAGUAGAAGAAAUCAUUCAGAUGACGCGGUCCAAAUAUGAAGAUCCUGACCUUUUGCAUGUGAUUAAGUUCCUCGCUGAUGAGGGGAUACCAGGGCUUCCACCAGGUGGCGGUAUAACCAGCAAGCGAGACUGUAUCAUCUCUUCAUAUCAGAAACACAUCGCAGCUCCCCGGACUCACGAACCAAUGGAAAUCGGUGGAUCAGAAGAAGAUUCCAACUAAAAGCGUCAACACAGAAACUUUUUCAUUGACUUUUAUGCAAGAUAUUUUUGGGGGGGAAAUGCAAAAUCGACAUGACACUGACCAACAAGUACUAUAUGCUGGGAAGCUCGUGUAGGCUGCUAAUUAUAUCAUUCUGCCUUUACAAAUACCGUAUUGGCCCGAAUAUAAGACGGCCCUGAUUAUAAGACGACCCCCUCUUUUUUCAAGACUUAAGUUUGAAAAAAGACUUUUUGAACACCAAAUUAAUUUUUAUACAGAAAAUAAUUACAGUACAUCUGAAACAAAUGAUUAUAACAAUAUAUUUGAGAGAAAAAGCAUGUUAUUUUGCCUCAUGCAAAUCUUAAUAUCUGAACAUUUAAAUAUGUCAACUAAAGUGCAAUCACAUUCGUAAAUGAAUGGCUUUUGAAAUGUAAAUAAACCAAUCUAUAGACCCUACUCACCUACGUCACAAAAUGGGCGUGUCGCUGUUUCCGGCCGCCAUAUUGUACCUCUUUUUUAGACCUAUUCUCAUUGUUUUCAAUUAGUCGAGCAAGUUAUAGAGCAAUUCAUGGAAGCCCCGGUGUUAUCUGACGCUGUAAACUCAUUGGAUCCGUUGCAUAAAAGGCGUUGCGUGGAAAAGCUUCAGUUUAUCCAUUCGCCAGAUCCGUAUUUGAUGCCUAAAUCGAUGUUUUUCGACCCGCUGGCUUCGCCUGACAUCUGAUAUCCUGAUAUUUACAACUAUCUUGUCCACACAAAAUCAGCCUAUUCUCACGAAAGUUUGAAAAACUUUAAGAGCUUGGAGGCUUAUAAAUGCUACGUUGCUGGUUGGGUGAAACAGGUCCUCGUACACGAAAAUUCGGCAGGAAUCUUGUGCUUGGAAGGUGAGUUGCGGAAUUUUCAAUUCAAAAUCUUUUGUUCUUGCUAACAUCCACUGUCAAUUCUAAUGUAUUUCACAUCAUUUGUCAAUGGAGCUAGGGCUUUUAAUGUUUAUAUGGUUUAGCGAUAGCACUCUCACUAUAUACAUAUAUAAUACGUAAUAAAUAUGAGGUGCGAUAGCACUACUCCAAAUUGUCCCUAGUUGAAUGUAUUUUUUGGCUUUUGACCUCAAUAGUGAAAUUGUAAAUUAAUUGUAUGACAACUGUCUGAUUAUCCUCUUAUAAUUAUAUAUUUUCAGGUAGUUCAUUCACAACGUCUGAGUGUAUGUUGUCGGCGAUUAGCCUAGCAAUGAUCUUAAUUGUGGUUGUCAGCCCAAAACCCUCUAAAUAUAUAUUAAAUGCAUCUUACCAGAUAUAAAAUGACUACUACAUAAUCUGUGGUAGUCGUUUGGAGCCCAGUUUUCUCGUCGAAUUGCAGCAGUCAAUCUCGGUCUCCUCUUCGGCUCUCUCGGAAUACGGUAAAAAUUCAAGUCUCUCCGUCUAUCUUCUCUGUUUUUGCAACCGACCGCCACACACGACUUCACCAUUUUGAUUAUUAAUGUUAACGAGCAGAAAAACACGCCAUAAUAGGAGGAAUUUACGAAGCGCUAAUGCAUUAACAUGACUAGUAUCCGGACAACAUGGCGCGGGGGCGUGGCUGUGUCGUCACAUGAGUAGGGUCUAUUGUGAUAAAACAACAAAAUUGCAAUAACUGCAUUAACCAUCAAAGUAAAGUCUAACUGUUAACUGUAGUCUUGAAACAAAUCUGAAUAAGGAAAAACAUUGCAAUAAAAUAAUGCAAACUGGUUAACCUUGAGAGUAGCUGAGAUCUGUCAUGACUAGUGCUGCAACGAUUAAUCGAUAAACUCGAGUAUUCGAUUAGAAAAAAAAGAUUCUAAUUAAAUUUUGCUGCUUUGAGUAUUCGUUUAAUUAUUGUGGCGUUGUUAUGGUUUAUUUUGAAAGUGUUUGCAAACAGUUUUAUUGAUUUGAGUGGUUACACUGCCCUCUAGUCUGCCUCAUUUCACAUGACUGAAUCCAGCUGCUCCAUGUUAAGACCAACAUAAGCUUUUGUUUGCGCUAAUGUUUUUUUAAUGCAGUCGUAAUUUAGUUUAUGGGUAUAUUUAGCCGUUUUUUUGUGGGAAUAUGUGUCUGAACCAUUUGUUAAGAGCAUUGUUAAAAAAAACAAAAAAACUUAACAUUUUAUAGCAUUUAAGCUAGCGGACUUUUGAUAUGUAAGUUAGCCAAUUGUUCUUUUGUUGUACAUAGAUCCUUAUUUAAUAGUUUUUUUAUACCGUCCGUUUGAGGCUCAGCUCAGGUAUUUUAAUUUUUCAUGUUACUUAUCCGAUUACUCGAUUAUUCGACAAACUAGUUCAUCGAAUAAUCGACUACUGAAAUAAUCGAUAGCUGCAGCCCUAGAUAUGACAGAACAUCACUUCAAUGAUAUCUGGCGCCAUCUUGCGUCGUGAAUGGGUAUAACGUCUAGACCGCGAAUAUAAGACGACCCCCACUUUUUCAGUCUUAUUUCAAUGCAAAAAACACCGUCUUAUAUUCGGGCCAAUACGGUAUAUUUACAUUGACCAUGACAGGUAUUUGUUUAAUGAUUUGUUUGAUAAAAUGGUUGAUAGAGAAACUGCUCUUUGUAUAAUGUAGUCAACUUCUAUUUUAUGGAAGAAAGCUACCAGUAAAUUAAGGUUCUUGAAGCAUUUUAACUCAUUGGCUGCAAUUGUCGGCAAUAGAUGUUCAAUCUAUUUCAAAUGGAUUUUAUGUCUAAGACUGUCAAUUG